UGGCAGCUGGCGAACCAGGCGCGUGGUCGUCCAGCUGCCGCGUAGAAAUGAUGCGUCACGGUAUAGAACCCGUCGCACUUGCCCCAUUGUGCGGAUCACUUCUCGAUUGUAAUGUCUCUGUACUUCGCCGCCCCGACCUUCCACGACGCCGCUGUGACGCACGACGCCUCGGCUCCGGUUGCCGCGACCACGGCCAUCGCUGCGGGCGACGUCAUCUUUUACGAAGUCGCGGUUGUCUCGUCGAGCGCUGGCGUCGAGGAGGACGAGCACGACAUUGACUGUGACGACGAGGAGUGCGGCGGCUGCAAAGUGGUCGAGGACGACGACGAAGACGCCGAGACAGAAGAGCUCGAUGAGCUUGAAAUCGACUUGGUGAGCUCGGCGGUCGUCGAGCACUUUGAUGCGCUCAUGGCGUUUUGCUCGUCGCACGAAGUGCUGCACAUGGUGGACUUGAGCAAAAACUUGUUCAAGCUCGUCAAGCUCGCGACGGACAACGCGUCCAUUGUGGGCCGCCUUCGCAUUCUCAAGGUGCAACCCGACGCCGAGUACUUGGACGCUGCCGUCUCGCUUCGGGCCGAGUUCCCUGGCGUCGUGCCCUCUACGCUGACCGAUGACGAUGUUGCGCACAUGAUUGGUGUUCUGCACGGCCACAGCCACGAACUCGAAGAUAUCGCUGGCACCGGCUUGUUUCCGGACGUGGCGCGCCUUAUGCACCGCUGCAUUCCCAACUGCAACCUCUCGACCGACGGCACGACGAUCUGGGUGACUGCGAUCAAGCCGAUUGCUGCUGGUGAAGUUCUCACGCUCGAUACGUUCGACCUCUUUUUGAGCACGGGCGCGGAGCGCAUCGGCGCCAUGACCAUGAUGGGCCUCACAUGUGCCUGCGAAUGGUGCACGGGUGCCCUCCCCGACCAGUCGCGCGCAUACAAGUGCCACACGCCUGGCUGCACCGGUAUCAUGCACCCUACGAAGACUGUCUUUGCGUGUACUUCGUGCAGCGCUACGAUCUCUGAAGACGAGGCAACGAUCGCCGACGACCUCCUUCUCGACCAGCUCGACGCCGUCGAGUCUGUUUUGGAGCUCCAAGAACUCGUUGCCAAGUCGCUCGUGCACAAGUACCACAGUGCGGUAUACCACGCGCUCGACCACCUCACAGGGGCUUGGCUCAUGUCGGAAGACGUGCCGGCCUCAGACAUGGUUGUCGCCUACAAGAUGAUGCUCGAGUCGGCUGACUAUGCGGUGCCUUACCCGCACGACAACAAGGUCCAGCUCCUCGAUCAACUGGCGCAGAGCUACGUCGGUACCGGGAAUGCCGCCGCCGCCAAGGAGACGUACCAGCAAGCGUACGACCUCUCUUGCAUUUGCAGUGGCCGCGAGAGCGAAGAAGCUGCGCUCCUCAAGACCCUCGUGGAGAACACCCCGACCAACCGCCAGGAACUUCUCGCGGCUUACGGCCUUGACGACGAAUGCGACGAAGAGUAGGCAUGGCCAGCAAAAUAUAUUCAUGUUUGUAUCC